AAUGGCAACCUUAAUUGAAUCUUCAGAACAAAACAAUAAAAUCAAAAUGGCACAACACAACUUUCAAGGAGACGUUGGCAAUAUCAACGAACACCAAAUACAAUUUAUCAAUAAAGUUAUUGAAGAACAAGACUUAAAUGCCAAGAAAGUAGUUUUCGAACCAGUCGGGAAAGCUGGUGACAAUUUUGUUGCAAAUGUGAAGAGGAUCAACAUAGAAGGAGACAAUGGGAGCCUCAAAAUGGUUGUUAAAAUGGCCUCUCAAAAUGAAUUUCUUCGUCAGACUACGAAUACUGAAAUAUCCUUUAACAAUGAGAUCUUAAUGUACACGGAAGUCCUACCUAAGCUAGUGGCAUUGCAGAAAGCAGCAGGAAUACCAGAAGAAGAACAUCUAAGAUACGCAAAAUGUUACGGAGCUCUGAAUGAAGCACCAAAUGAAGUGAUAAUAUUAGAAGAUUUGAAUGAAUCAGGAUUCGUAAUGUUAGAUAAAUUUGAGUCCCUAACGGACGAGUGUGUAAGGAGUAUCCUAAAAAACUUUGCGACGCUGCAUUCUCUUUCUUACGUAUUGAAAAUCAAAGAACCAGAGACGUACAAUCAGUUUAAAAGCAAAUUGAUUAAUGUAUGGGAUAUUCUUGCGAGGAAUCCAUUAAUUACAAAACAAUUCGAAAAUGGUACAAUUAUCAUUCUAUCGGUUCUUGAUAAUGAAGAACACAAGAAUAUAAUUAAAAGUAAACUGGGGAAAGCAUUUGGACUGAUGCUGAAGCUAUCAGAGGACGCUUUAACUGACGAGUCUUCUGUUAUUCAACAAGGCGAUGCGUGGACAAACAAUAUUAUGUUUAAGUUUGAGGAACAAAAGCUAAAGGAAUCAAUCAUGAUUGACUACCAAGCAUCGAAGAACAAUAGCCCUGUAAUGGAUCUCCUCUUCAUGAUCUUCAACUGCACCGACCAUGAGACGAGGUUGAAGCACUAUUACGACUGGAUAGACUUCUACCAUUCAGAACUAGACCGUUCCUUAAACUUCUUUGAAUUGACAGCGGACUCAGUUUACCCACGAAAGAAGUUAAAUGAAGAUAUAAAGAAAUACAGCGAAAUGUUAUUUGCCAUAUCUAUUAUGCUGACUAAUCUUUUUACGAGGAAUACGGAGGAAGCUGCAGAGAUGAUGGAGACGCUUAACAGUGGUGGUUUUGAUGAGGCUAUUGAAGUAUUAGCAAAUACUGAAAUACCAAAGGAUACUGCAGCUCGGGCUAAGAAGCGAAUCGAAGGAAUUGUUGAAAGUUUUAUCGAAUUUGGACUGUUAUAAAAUAUAGUAGGUUUUAGAAAUUAUAUGAAUGUGCUAUGUGAUAUCGUUUUAAGCAUAGUUCAGAAUAUGUUAAUAAGUAUGGUACAAUAAAAUAAAAUAAAAAUUACUAUUGUUUUUUUA